AUGAAACUCUUCAAGCACAAGAAUGCACGGAAGCUGCCUGCUGCUUCCGCUCUCCAAUCUGCAACGAUUGCCGGGAGUGGCAGCUCUGGUGUCGUUGCUUCGGCGUCGCAUUCGGGGUUGCAUUUUGUUGACAACUCGCAAGGCGCUUCGCAAGCGGUUAAGGAACUUUCGAAUACACUCGACGAAUCACUAAAUGAGAUUGAGGUCUAUGGGGAUCGCCUUGAAGAGUACCAGGACCGGCUUGAUAGAGAAGCCAGCAAAUACUCGAACUCGUCAUUGAGCUGGUGUAAAUCCAAAGAGGAGUGGUCGUGCAACCAGAACGAUGCGGAUCUCAUCUUUGUCGCAUGGACUUGUGCGGCAGGCGCCUACGAUGUGACCCCCGUCACGAACUCGGAAAAGUGUACCUUCGAUCAAAGAAAAAUAAUCAAGCCUUCAUUAGGUGGAACAACCAAAGCGACGGUGCUUACGCUUGUUAAAGCUACUUCGCCUCACGUUGAUGCAGAGUCGAGAUUCCCUGUCCUUGUCAUAGCUGUACGUGGGACAGCAAGCACAGUGGACAACAUGGUAAACCUAAAUGCCGCUCCUCGGUCUGCAGAAAGUUAUUUGUGCAUACAGCAAAUCUGCCAAAAUCAAUCAGUCAGCCAUGUGCUCUUCACAGGCCAUUCCGCUGGUGCUGCGGUCACUUCUCUGCUCACAAGUGACAGGGUUGCUGAUAUUUUAACAGAUAUCCAACCUCGCGUUUCGUGUAUCACUUUCGGAGGACCUCCCGUAAUGAAAGCACUAAAUCAAGAUAACUUGGCCAACCCGAGCAGGACGUACUUAUGGAUCAACGUUAUCAACGAGUACGAUCUCAUCGCGCGUGCCGAUAGACCGUAUAUUCGAUCUAUCGUGGACCUUUUUCGGUCGAUGUAUGGACAGCCAAUUUUGUCAGAUGUUGAUGAAAGACUCGCUAUGCCCGAGGGUGCUUUACAUGUAUCAGGAAGUUGUACGGAUGGAGCCAAAAUUUACGAGCGUUGGCUUCUCCCACCGCCGGAGUACUGCCAUUACGGGGAUAUUAUCGUCCUUCAGCAUACUCUUCGUCCACUUAAUCCUAAUGGGCAAGAUGAUCUGACCACAGAUGGCAAAUUGAUCCUGAAGGCCUGGAAGGUCAGUUGGGCAGAAUUCUCGCAACUACUAUUUGGCCGCGUGGCUGUGCAUAGUCGGGAAAACUACCAGAAGAGAAUUGUCAAAAUUGCCGGUGGAGCACUAAGCAGGAAAUAUCCGUAGAGGUCCAAGACUUUGCUCGGAAUGGAGGUGUUUCACUGCUGU